CGAGAGAGAGUGCCGCGGCCUGAAAGAAUCAACAGACUCGUAAAUCUCGUACUGUGCAAACGGGGGAGGCAGGCGGCAUGGCUUGUGUUUGGCUGGGCGCUGGGCAGGCGCAUGUGCACCUCUGCAUGUGCAAAGUACCUGAUACAGUGUGCAAAAGCGGAGCCACAUGCGGAUGGGGGACUGUGCAGCAGCUGAAAGGCGGCCAGCCGAACCAGCAGCGAGCCACUCCAACUGGGCGAAUAAAAGGCCAAAGACUCUGAGACAAAUCAAGACGCCUCAGCAGCAGGGAAAGGCAAACAAACCUUCAGUCGAUCUCAGCCGCAGAGGAAAAAGCAAAGAGAAGCAAAGAGCCGCAUCUCCCUUGCACCUUUUUUUUCCUUCUUCCUGGUUUGGCUUCUGCUCCCUCCCAUCCCUUGCCGUCACCCCAUCCCUCGUACUGUCUGCAGUACCAGUUACAACAACAUGCGGCAGCGACAUCGUCUCUCACCUCCCCCUCGUCGUCCUUUUGCCCCCUUCCAGGGUUCGUGAUGCAGCCUCUUCUGCGUCAGGCAAGGCGCGAACCCGACAGUUGGGAACUGGUGGUGUGGUCUCGCAGCGAAUUGGCUGGCCAGCCCGCAGCUGCAUGCCUGCCUGCCUGACGGUGUCCGCUCGGCGCCUCUUGGAAGCUCUGAAUGGACGAGAUGCCUUGCCCAUCUCACCUGGCCCUGCAAGUUCGACAUGCUGCAACCUGGUCGGCCCCCUCCCUCCCUUGCGUUUUUCCUCUCUUUGCUCGCUUUCCUCUGCUGUUUGGAGGGCGUGGCUCGCACAGAGGGAAAAAAAGGACAACAAAAGGGCCUGGUGACGGUGGCGCUGCGGGAACAACAGGCCAUUUCGUCGGUCGUCUUCUCGAAUGUGAAUGGCCAGGGUUCAGGAAGAGCCGCGUCGUUGUGUUGCAGGAGGGGUGAUGACGGGCGAGAGAUAAGGUGUUACGCCGGGAUCCCACGGGUUCCCG